CUCAGGUAUAAAAGGCGCGUACUUUGCACUCACAUCAUCACUCUCGCAGCCUCUGCAAUUCAUCCAGCAGCAUCAUGAUCGCCUGGCAACCAAUUGUCACUCUCCUGCUCUGCGCUCUGGUAGGAUCAUCUUUGGCUUUAGCCAAGGAAUCUUCCGAGAGUCAUGUUGAGCUAAUUGACGAUGACGAGACAACAACGAGCGAAAUCGAAACCACGUCUCCUUUUACGACAACCACUGGAAAGCAGAAAAGAGUGAACUGUGGUCUUCAGAAUUUCGAACGUACUUCUGAUGAAUGCUGCGCAAUGCCUGUGGAAGAUCUGUUUCCCAUGGAAACCACCCAAAAAGAGUGCAACAAAAAGCAGAGCAAGCAAGCCGACACCCUGCUGAACGGCGUCAUGUUAAACAGACUCCAGGACUCGCGCAAAAACUACCAGCUUGAUUACUCCGGUCUUAUUUUGCGAAACUUGUUUGGACCUGGAGUGUGCUUUGCUGAUUGUAUCUUCCAAUCAAACAAUUUGAUGACUUCUUCCGGCGAUAUUGAUUACCAGAAGACGGCCAAAUUCAUCACCAAAGGCAGAAGUGACCCUUGGAAAUCCAUCUUGAUCGAGGCUGUCGACAUGUGCAAAAAUUUCACCGACGGAACUACCGUUAAGGAGAUCUCAUUCCGCGAAAACCGCAGGAAGAAAACGUGCAAAACCGAAUCGGUCCACGUGGUGCAGUGCCUGCAAGCUGCCAUCGCUCUUAACUGUCCUCAAGACUUGGCUGCUGAUCACGAUAAGCACAAAAAGUGCGGAGAGGCGGUCGGACAAAUCCAAACAUGCGUCGGGCACAUCCACGGUGGAAUCGUCCGCACCAACUACCUGAACCAGUACUUGGCUAAUAAAAAAACCGCGACUGAUGUAAAGAUUAAGUCUUAAGUCAUACAAAUAAAGAUAAUGUUGAUCAUUAAGUGAUGCGCCGACUGCGCGUCACUCUGUUAACUCAUUCUAAAGAAAUUGUCUCUAAUUCCACUCCUGCUCUGCCUCAUCGAAAUUAAUCUAAUAUUGCGUCAGAUGCAGUAUUAUAAAGUCUU